UUUCGGCUACAAUUAGGGAUGUAGAUUAGAUGCAGUCAAUGGACGUGAGGUAGAUAAGCACUUGCUUUACAAUUUCUACAAGGUCACGGCAUUGUGUGCCGUGGCGCACGUGUUCGGCAAUCUACGGUCAGUCUGCGGUUAAUAAUAAAGUCAUCCCGAAAAAGGCUGAAAUUGUUCAAUGACGUGAAUUCUCCGCCAUGGAACGUGUGAUUGCGCUUAUUGACAUGGACUGUUUCUACGUUCAAGUAGAGCAGCGAGAGAAACCAGAGCUGUGGGGGAAACCAACGGUUGUUGUGCAGCAUGCUAGGGAAGGAGCACCAGGAGGAAUCUUAGCAGUGAGUUAUGAAGCAAGGAAGUUUGGAGUUAAACGUAUGAUGAUGAUACCACAAGCGAAAGCGAAGUGUCCAGAAUUAAAUGUGUGCUUUGUUCCUCAAGGAGAACACAUCGACAAAGCAGAUAUACAGAAAUACAGAGAUGCUAGUGCUGAGGUAUUCGAUGUACUCAACAACUUCGAUGAACGAAUCAUUGUUGAGCGUGCCUCGGUUGACGAAGCGUUUUUGGAUAUGACAGAAUUAGUGGAUAAGACAAUCUUGGAAUUUGGUGCAGCUCAGCUUCUGCAGAAUCUUACCAGCAACUUAUCCACUACUCUUCCCACCACCCAUGUGGCAGAUGGAAAUGACCGGGACAACGAAGAUGUUUAUGAUCGUGAAGCGAGUCUACGAAGUUGGCUUGACAAUCGGUGCGCAACGGAGAUCAGUCAUUUACGUCUUGCCGUAGCUGCAGAGUUUGUGGAGCAGAUGCGUGCCAGGAUCCGGGAGUGCACGCAGUUUUACUGCUCAGGAGGAAUUGGAAAUAACAAGAUGCUAGCCAAGCUCAUCUGUGCUCGACAUAAGCCUCGACAACAAACCAUCAUCCCAUUUGAUUUCGUGCCAGUCAUCUUUAGCGAGACGCGAGUUGGCGAUAUACGCAUGUUGGGAGGGAAGUUAGGUCAUGCAAUACAGGGGUUGCUUCCAGUUGAGACAAUGGGAGAUCUUGCUGCAAUGCCUUUCGAACUCAUUGAGAAGCAUUUCGGAGGGACAGCGCGGUGGAUCAGCCAGCUGGCAAAAGGAUAUGACGAUGAACCAGUGAAACCGCGGAACAAUCAGCUAUCCAUUGCUGUUAGCAAGAACUUUUUGGGAAAAAAUGCGUUGACUACGGUUGCUGAAGUGCGCAGGUAUAUUGAUGGAUUAUGCAAAGAGCUAUGUAAAAGGCUUGUAGAUGACCAAGUCAAGAAUAAAAGAACUGCACAAAAUGUAAUAUUUGGUUUUUUCGACGACUCGUAUGUACGUGCGUCGAAAACAGCAAAGAUCACAUCCUAUAGCCCCCAAGCAGUGGCAGAUGCUGUAUGGGGUGCAGCCAAGACUUUCAACAGAGCUCCUCUUGGGAGUGAUCAGUGGAUUCCCCCGAUAUACAACCUCUCGAUGAGUGCCUCUCGUUUUACGGAAGGCAUAAGCAUUCAGUCGAAAAACAUCAUGGAAUGGGUAGAAAAACGACUACAGUCGAACGAGGCUGGGCAAGGUACAAAUCAGGCUACAGCGGCGGCAUCAGCCGAGCAGAAGGCGUCUGGUGAUGUGUGUCCUUUGGAUACAGAAAUGCCGAGUACAUCAGCUGAAACUGACUUGCACUCCAGUUCUGCAGCUAAAGUCUCAUUGGAUCAGAAAAAGGAAGAGAAGCCUGAAAUACAGAUAGAUGACGAUGGAUGGCAGGUCUAUGAUCCCGCGUUGUUUGAGCAAUGUACGACUAAGAAUACCGUCUCUGCUGUGGAGUCACGCGACAUCGGAACUAUAUCGUCUGCUGUUUUUGAAGAAUUACCACCAAAUAUCAAAGCGCAAGCACGGAGGCUAAAAGCUGCUGCUGAACGUGAGAAGAAGCCGAAUGGAAAGAAGCGCGCGUCUAAUGCAAACGCGAAGGGACCGGCAUCCAAGAAGAAGCUAGAGGAUUUUUUCAACAAAUAG